AUGGAGUUACAUCAAGAUGAUGUUGUCUUGAUUGAUGAGACUCGUAGUGGGGUUAAUGUUAAAUUGGAGGUUUGGAGGCAAAUUCUUAAGUCUAAAGGUUUUAGGUUAAGUAGGUCCAAGAUGGAAUAUUUGGAGUGUAAGUUCAGCGAGGUGUCUCAUGAUUCCAAUGUGGUUGCUAAGCUUGAUUCUCAUCCUAUCAGUAAGAGAGAUAAUUUCAAGUAUAUGGGGUCGAUGAUUCAGAAGGACGGAGAGAUUGACGAGGACGUCAAUCAUUGGAACGGGGUAGGGUGGAUGAAAUGGAGGCUAGCAUCCGGUAUUUUGUAUGACAAAAAUGUACCUCCCAAGCUUAAAGGCAAGUUCUACAGAGUGAUGGUUAAACCAGCUUUAUUGUGUACUAAGAAAGAUAGGAUUAGAAAUGAGGUUAUUCGCAAUAGAGUGGGAGUGGAUUCAGUGGAAGCCAAGAUAAGGGAAAUGAGGCUGAGAUGGUUUGGGCAUGUGUUGAGGAGAAGCACGGAUGUCUCGGUACGGAGGUGUAAGAGGUUGGCUAGGGACGAUUUCAAGCGAGGUUUUACAAUAUGA